AUGGCGUCCACAGCUGUAUCGCCAGCCUUCUGCGGCAUCCCGAAGAAAUCCGCCGCCGCCGCCGCCGCCGCUAGGGCUUCUCUCAGCGCCCCUACUACCGGAUUCCUCUCCAGAACCCCCGUCCGACGCCUCGGCUUCGCCGCCGGCAACCCCCUCUUCUCCGACCACGUCGCCGCCAAGCUGCGAUCGUUCGGGAGCUCAAAUGGCAAGCCGGUUAGAGGCGUUUUCGCCAUGGCGAAGAAGAGCGUCGGAGACCUAACUGCGGCUGACCUCAAGGGCAAAAACGUCUUUGUGAGGGCCGACCUCAAUGUGCCUCUCGAUGAGAACCAGAACAUUACUGACGACACGAGGAUUAGAGCUGCUAUCCCCACCAUUAAGCAUCUAAUUAACAAUGGCGCUAAAGUCAUUCUUUCCAGUCACUUGGGUCGCCCCAAAGGUGUCACACCAAAAUAUAGUCUUGCACCUCUUGUUCCCAGGCUCUCUGAACUGCUCGGUAUUCAGGUCGUGAAAGCCGAUGACUGCAUUGGCCCAGAGGUUGAAAAAUCGGUGGCCUCGCUGCCUGAAGGUGGCGUCCUCUUGCUUGAGAACGUGAGGUUUUACAAAGAGGAAGAAAAGAACGAGCCCGAUUUUGCAAAGAAACUUGCCUCAUUGGCUGAUCUUUAUGUGAAUGAUGCAUUUGGAACUGCACACAGAGCACAUGCCUCUACUGAGGGAGUUACAAAGUUCUUGAAGCCUUCAGUCGCUGGUUUCCUUUUGCAGAAGGAGCUUGAUUAUCUUGUUGGGGCAGUUUCCAGCCCAAAGAGGCCUUUUGCCGCCAUUGUGGGGGGUUCAAAGGUUUCCUCUAAGAUUGGAGUGAUUGAAUCUCUUCUCGAGAAGUGUGAUAUACUGCUACUGGGCGGAGGCAUGAUAUUCACAUUCUAUAAAGCACAAGGGCUCUCAGUAGGGUCGUCCCUAGUCGAAGAAGACAAGCUGGAUCUUGCCACAUCACUAUUGGAGAAGGCCAAGGCCAAGGGGGUUAGCCUCUUGCUACCCACUGAUGUUGUUAUAGCCGACAAAUUUGCCCCAGAUGCAAAUAGCAAGGUUGUGCCGGCAUCUGCUAUUCCAGAUGGGUGGAUGGGAUUGGAUAUUGGACCGGAUUCUGUGAAGACUUUUAAUGAUGCCCUUGAGACUACAAAGACAGUUAUUUGGAACGGACCAAUGGGAGUUUUUGAGUUCGACAAGUUUGCCGUGGGCACAGAGGCAAUUGCAAACAAGCUAGCUGAACUUAGUCCCAAGGGAGUGACUACAAUAAUUGGGGGUGGAGAUUCUGUUGCGGCAGUGGAGAAAGUUGGGGUUGCUAAUGUUAUGAGCCACAUAUCGACUGGUGGUGGGGCUAGCUUGGAGCUCUUGGAAGGCAAAGAGUUGCCUGGUGUACUUGCUCUAGAUGAAGCCACGCCAGUUUCCGUGUAA